GUGUUUUCAACUUGCCUCCUAUGGCUGAAAUUCUUGAACUCUGAAAUCCUUUGGAAGUAUUGUAUGCAACAUACAGUUGGCAAACAAGACUUCCUGGACACACCCCAGCACAGCAYAGAGGCUCGUCUAGCCUGAGAAUCAAACUUCAUUCUGUUCAACAUCACCUUUUAACUCCAGGAUGCCUUUAGGAGGAGGAAACAAGUGUGGCCGCUGUAAGAAGACGGUUUACUUUGCAGAGGAAGUCAAGUGUGAUGGACAGAGCUUCCACAAGUCCUGUUUCCUGUGCAUGGUGUGCAGGAAAGGCUUAGACAGCUCAAAUGUCGCUGUUCGUGGGGACGAAGUCUACUGCAAGGCGUGCUACGGCAAGAAGUACGGGCCAAAAGGCUACGGUUACGGUCAGGGAGCUGGGACCCUCAGCAUGGACAAAGGCGAGGCCCUGGGUAUCGCACACCAAACGCCCGGCCCCCAUCAGCCCACCACCAACACAAACCCGUUGGCUCAGAAGUUUGGAGGCUCCGACAGGUGYCCCCGCUGCGGCAAGGCCGUGUACGCCGCUGAGAAAGUGAUCGGYGCCGGCAGCUCCUGGCAUAAAGURGGAUGUUUUACCUGCGCCACGUGUGGGAAAAGUCUGGAGUCGACCACAUUGGCUGAUAAGGAUGGAGAGAUCUACUGUAAAGCCUGUUACGGGAAAAACUUUGGUCCCAAAGGGUUUGGAUAUGGACUGGGAGCCGGAGCGCUGGCACACACCCAGUGAAGUCCAAACUGUCCUGAUUCCUGAGCUGCUCCUUGUCUCCAGCAGAGGGAGGCCUGCUACAGUUCAGCUGACAGAAAUAUUCUUCACCCAGAGCUGUGUUUGUGAACUGUGCAGCCCGCAGCAGAACAACACAAAUCAUCACUAAAUAUUGUACAACCCAAUUUAUCCUCUUGGUUCUCUUUCUUGGCCUGAAUGAAGCCAAACGGGCGGACAAGUUUAGUUGUAAAAAAGAUUAGCUGCUCGUUUUGCAGAGGAACAUAAAGUGGAAGUUGAAGCAGCACYAGCGCACCCUGUAGGCGGGCUGCAGUAUAAGUUUAAGUCCAAAAAAAAGGGACAAUUAUUUGAAUAAUACUAUUAAAAAAAUACGGACUCCUGAUGAUUUAUGUAAUUCUUACCACCAAGUUGUAUUUUCAAAUAUAAAUUUUUCUUAAUAUGUUUAAUUGUAAUUUAUAGCUAAAACCCCUGUGARGUGGAGUAACAUGUUUUGGGGUCAAUCAAAUGUAUCAUAGCUAACCAACAAUUAAAAAUCUAACAUAUGAUAAUGCACCGUCACUUAGCCUUAUUUUGUUUGUUUGUUUAUUUGUUUGUUUGUUUGUUUGUUUGUUUGUUUGUUCCUGCCCCUAAUCAUGUACCGACUGAUGCAGUCAAACUGAUGUCUAUAGGUGUAUUGUCCUGUGAUAUAGUGCAGUAAUCAUGAACAAAUAAACCAAAUAAAUAAAUAAAAGGGAAAAUUAGCAAAAAUAAAUAAAUAGCUCUAACUUUUUCACAUAAAGCAGAUGCAGGAUACAUUUUGUAUAUAUAUUUUUUCACAUUUAGUCAAGAAAAGUUUGGAUUAGACCAUCAGUGUUUAUUAAUAGCUGUUUAUGAGUUAUCUAUUUUUAGCUGUACUGGUAAUUUGCAUACUUUAAGUUAAACACUGAAACUAUGGUGAGGUAAUUAUUGUUCUGUUAGAAAUUUUAGUCUUCGACUACAUAGAUGUAUUCCUUGUUUAUCAGAUUCAUUCAAGACCUGAUAAUAAAGAAAAUGGUUAGAAAAUG